AUGUAUCACCAUACUCAUCAACAUCAGCACAGGGCCUUCCGGGGCACGCAUCAUGGGAGAGAUGUGUUGUCACGACGGCCGGAUAUUGUGCCUCGCGACCGUCUUCGCUUCCUUGCUGCGUCUCCCGCGCCAACUCUGCUGAGAAGAGACCCUGCACCGUCUGUCGCUACUGCCACGGCGACCUCAACUUGCGGUGGUAACAGCUGUGAGAAAAGCACGAGCACAAUGAUGACCACAACCUUGCCGGUUGUCCUCGGUGUAGUGAUUCCCGUCGUGUGUGCCAUUGCAGUCCUGCUUUACUUCCACCGCAAGAAUGUGAAAAAGCUUCGAAACGAGGAUGCCAAUGACAAGCAUAAAUCCCUCGAUUUCGGCUUAGAUCUGACACCCACUGGGACGAAACCCAUGCAACAAGCCGAGAAGACUAAUGGUGCUCAUGCCAAGGGAGUGUCUCUAGACAUAGGGCCAAGUCCAUACCUCCUCCCGCCUGGACUACACAACUCACGAGAAUCAUUGCAAUCCUUAUCGAGAUCUAUGAUCGGCGAUGACGACAAGUAUCGACACGCAACUUCAUUUCUAGGGGACAAUGCAUCCUUGAGGUCUCAUUCCCGGGGCCCUCAGGACGAUGCGUCCAGUUUUGCAGGAUCAACUCGACGGGGACCCCUGGGCGACGAUAUGAACCAAGGACUGCUUCGCAAUGCUCAACGAAUGUCUCGCUCUUCCCCGCCACUCUACGAUCAUCCUGAAAGCGACCGUGACGCCGAACAUCCGUCGAGUCCGAUUCAGAAACCACACGCCGAAUUCCAUGUAGAUCUCUCAAGAAGUCCGAAUCCUGCUCAUGUGCCAGAUCAGUCACAAGAUCCGGAAUUGUUUCUGCCUAGCAGUAGUGUUGCCCAGCAAGAUGGGACGAACUCUGCUCAGGAUGCGCCUGCCCCGCUGCACGCUCCGAUUCCAACUAUAACAACUCCGCACGUCGCGCAGGCACCGACUCCAAUGCCUAGAAUAUCACUCCCAGUGAGCGAUGCGGCUAGUGACUACGGAGAUGCAGAGUCCAGUCAUGCGAUCCCGUCAGUCAAUGUGCAUAGCGUGACAGAACAGGGUGGUCACGGCACCCCCGAGGAUGUGCCUUAUCCUUUCCAGGGUCAUGAAGCGUCGGAUCGAGUCCAGAAUGCUAGUCUUGACCACCACCGUGACACGCGACGGCUGACUUUCGGUCUUCGACCUUUGCCGCCCGAGGAUCCUUCUGAUAACCCUGAACAGCGUGCCAAUCGUAUUCGGUCAUUCUACAAGGAGUACUUCGAUGAAAGUCGUCCUGGACGCGACACUUACUACGGAGGAGCCGGCUCUGAAGCCUUUGCUGAAGGCGGCUAUGUCUAUGAUCCUUCCACCGGAGAGCAUUUCAGUCCUGUCCCUGCACCAUUCGCGGAGCCAGUCACCCGCCGUGCCAUGACACCGCCACCCCGUGCGCCUCCGCGCUUUCAAGGUGCCGCUCGUCACAUGGCCACUGGCUCAGACGGUGGCUUCGGUGAUAGAUUUGACUCUCCUGGCCUCCGUGCAUUUUCAUCCGCUUCUGGUCGCUUACCAGGUCCUCCCAAGCCCCGAAAGCCGGCGCCGCCACCAUCGCCCCUUCAGAUCCUCCCCACGCCCCAUAUGCUGAAAGAUGAAUCUAUAAUGACGGCGAUUGACUAUGCCCCCAGCAAGAACUACAAGGAUGUAAGGGAAGGCCGACCAGAAACGCCUUUGGGUGGCCUUCAGCCCUUCAGUCCGCUGACCCCAGCUCGUUCCCCUCUCGCCUCGGCCUUUGACGAUCUAUCGCCCUUACCUAGCGCACACGCUUUGCGAAAGUCUGGUGCUUACGACGCUCUGGACUUUGCACCUCCGCCGCGAUUCAAGAACACCGAUGCCGGCAGCGAUGCCGGCAGCAUCCGCAGCAACCAUACCGGAAUCUCGUCAACCCAUCUCCACAAUAUCCGCAAUGGCGCAUAUCGCGUCAGCCGCCUACCCCCAGGCACCGUGGGCACUAAGGAUGAUUUGAUAUCGAACCUUCGCCCUAAAUGGGAUAUGCAGCAAUAG